CGCUACACUUCACACGUCCUGGGCACACAAAAGAGCCUAUGUUUACGUGCCGCGUGUUUUACGGAACACCAGCGGGUAGUAGCGGUGUCUGUGCUGUUGUGGCUUCAACCCGGGGGUGGGGAGCAGAAUAUUUCGAUUUGUCGAAGCGACGUUGUCACGUUUUCCUGCCGCCCAAACUAACCGCCUUUUGUGUAAGGUCCGCGUGUAAUGGUCUUGUACUCGUGUGGCAGCAUGAUCGUCUACAGCGUGAUCGUUUAUCGUAAUUUUUUCCCUUUCUUCACUCGUUUCAUACAAUAGUCAAAACCCAUAUUUUUUUCAAACGGUCGCCUAUUAUAUUUACACAAUACACAGAUAUAGACAAUACAAUUAUAUAAAUUCAUAUAGUUCUGAUGACGUUUCCGUGGCCCCCAAAGACCGGGAAAUGUCUGUGCUCUGCAACUGAACCAGUCUCAACAAUUUCGGAAAUGUAAGGCGAAACGAAACGCGUCGGCGACGACGACAAGAUUACGAUCACUCUGUGUAUCAUCAUUAUGAAAUGUAUAAGAUAUAACAUACCAUUAUAAUACAGUCCAACAUUUUUCACAAUAUAAUCGCUUAUUGGUCCCCAUACCCCCUGCUGUUACCACCAUACGCGUCUUCAGUCGACAGUCGACCUUUGUGUCCCCUAUUUUUGCCCCAAUGGACCUUGUCUUGACGGCUCCGAAUUCGAAUCCAAUUCCAUUCAGUGACUUCGCAGCACGUUUCGCCUCCCGGCCCCUGAGACGACGGACAUCAUGACGUCCGUGAAUCCGGUGAAGCGCAGUACGAGACUUGCGGGCAAACGGCAUUCGGCUGUUAUCGUUGCAUUAGGAGGAGGUUAUACGACGGACUGCGGAGAUAGCAGCGGGUUGAGAAACGAACGGGAUGCUGCGAACAGUGAUAAACAACAACAUGCAUCACCGAGAGUGACACUAAGACUUACCAACACGGGUAAUAAUCAAUUUAAGAGUUCGUCUGCUCGACAGGAUGAGAAGAACAAGAAAAUAGCUGAGGAACAGACCGCCAGCAUGACGAAUGAUACGAAAACUGUUGAGACUGAAGAAAAACCAGAAACACCCACCCAGUCGGUUUCUCAAUCUGCGAAUGUAUCGACUAGUGUACCAGUAGAGAGUACUUCAGCUAGUACUUCUAAAGAAACUGAAUCCAAAGAUGGUGGCUCGGUUGAAGCAACUGAUACUGUAAAUAGCUCAUCUAAUGAAUCAGCUGUAAAACCAUUAAAAGAAACAGAUAAUUUAAAACGGUCUAUAGUUGAAGAAGAUGAAGAAGUUAAACCAAAAAAACGCAAAGAAGAUCAUAGCCAAAGUUCUAAAGGCAAAACUGAGGCUUCUAGUCCUAAACCUGAUAGUGAUGAGGACAAGUCUGGUGGUUCUGGGCCUUCUAAUGCUGACAGUCCUGGAGGUGGCCCUAAAGUACCUCCAUUAAAAAUUGUGAUACCUACUACCGAUGCUGAUACAGGUACAAGAACAAAUGGCAAGAAUGGUAAUCGAUCACAUCAUACAGCAUUACCGUAUGUAGUGCCAUCUGAAGAAUCACCACCGGCAUCUAAUCAGCCUAACUCGCCAAAGUCUCCGCAGAAAGCGACCACUGAUACAAUAGCUGUAGAAGAGCAAAAGUCUCCUCAAACCAGAGUAUUACGUUCAUCUAACAGAUGCGGAAGUAACAGUAGUGGUGCACCAAGUCGUGGUACUUCUCCGAUUGUUCCUGAUGAACAGUUGGCUCAAACUACUUCACCAGCUUCUGUAACAGUGGAUGCAGGAUCAGGUAAUCCGUCACCAUCUGCUGCUCGUUCAGAACAGACUGAAAAUGUAUCGACAAUCCUUUCUGGAGAUGACAAACAGGCAACUACUACUGCUGCAGCUACUGCAACUACAACGUCUGAAUCAACUGUGACUGCUGAACUGUCAGGUAUGGAACUACAUCCUAGACGACGCAAAUUAAAAGCAAGCCGUACUGAAUCCGAGAAUAGUGAUACUUCAUCUGCCGCCAAUGUUACUGCUGUAGAAACUAAUCCGUCCGGCACAACCAGUGAACCUGCUCCAGUUACCAAUUGCUAUCAAAUGUUUUUAAACAUUAGAAAACAAAUUGAUAAGAGACGUAAGAAUUUGUUUCCUGUGCAACCAAAACCACCAUCUGGAUUUAAAGACUAUCUUAUGAACAGGUGCACAUACGUUUUAGCUGGUAACUCUAAUAGCCGCGUUGUAAAUACACAAACCCCAUCACCAGCCAAUUUACAUGAGCAGUUAAAAAAACUGUUUGUUGAACAAGAGAAGGAGAGACAAAGACUUCGUGUACAGCACAUCGUAGAAAAAGAAAAAUUGGUGUUGAGUGUUGAACAAGAGAUACUCAGGGUUCAUGGAAGGGCAGCUCGUGCACUAGCUAAUCAGCUAUUACCAUUUUCUGUAUGUACUAUACUCAAGGAUGAUGAAGUAUAUAACAUUAUGACACCUGAGCAAGAAGAAGAGAAAGAUAGACAUGCACGAUCCCGUUACAAUGGUCGUCUUUUUUUGUCAUGGCUACAAGAUGUAGAUGAUAAAUGGGAAAAGAUAAAGGAAUCAAUGUUACUGAGACAUCACAAUGAGGCAGAGAGUUUACACGCUGUACAGAAAAUGGACUGGGGAUGGAAGUUGAAAGAAUUACAGUUGUGUACCUAUAGCUCAGAACCCAAUAUUGAUGAAGAGCAUGUACCGAUGGUUCUAGUCAGCGACGAUUUCGAUCUCUUGCCUGCCUAACCUAGUUUUGUUAUUUAUUAACAUAUCGGUACAGUGUCAACUGUCUAGUGAUGUUUGUUUAAGUGACUAAGCUAUAGUUGAUAUUAUUAUUGUUAUGGAUAAAGUUAAAUAUUUUACUUGACAACUUCGGAAUGUUAGUCACUUUCGUGCCAUUUUAUCAAUAAUAUAUUAAUAACAAUAUUGUGUGCUUGCCCAAAAAUUGUUUGUUACUAUCAUUCUUUUAAUAAAAUUUAUAAUUUCUUGGCAGAUACUUUUAUGGUGAUAAUAAAUGUUUUCUCAAACCAA